UUGUGGUGUUCUGUUAUCACUUGCUAGGGUGGUACUGUCACACAUCAGUCACAUGACCCAUAUCGCAAACCGCCGUCUUUCACUCAUCGUGCACUGGAACUUCCGAACCAGAAACUGAGCUCCACAGCAAAAAUGGCAGCUUCAUGUAGCCGGAUACUUGAGUUGGCCAAGACUCAAUGUCGUAUAUUCUCACUCAAUUUUAACCCCCAGAGGCUGCGACUGGGCAAUAAAGUUCUACGUCAGCGACUGCGAGGACCUGCACUUGCGGCGUGGUAUCCCAGAAAGACUGUUUCAUUCCGUGACUUGCAAGAUGCCUAUCGUCCACUCGGCUUGACCGUCUUCGACGAGUAUGAGGACGAUCGGGAAGAGGCCAUUCAAAUUGCAAAACUGAGGGGAAAGGGAAGGCCGAAGAAAAAGCGAACUGCAGCUGGUAUGACACUUAUACUUGUUCAAAGACUCCUGCUGACCAGUACACAGAAUCACGAUCGGCGAAGAAGAAGAAAUAGCCAGGACCAUACUGGAGUCACCAUGUCCUAUGUGGUCGGCAUACAUCAGACACAGUUCAGUUUGCGAUCCGUUGACACACCUUAAGCAAGACACUGCCGUUCAGAUUUGUUGUUGCCCUCCGCGUGUCAGCGGCUCGUGAGCUCUCAUGUCUGCGUUCGAGAUUGGACUAAUGGCGAACGCGAUCCACUUCACAUUCAACAGCGCCUUUUCGCUUCGAUUCGCAUGCUGGUUGUACCGAAUACUCAUUGUAUUGUCUAUUUCGGAAAUCUAUAUUCAAAACUGGGCAUGAUCAAUUCCUCAUUUUGCACAUAGGUUAUAUUCUGAUGCGGUUGUUCGAACAUGUAUGGCUCGAGAUAUCGCCAAGGCUC